AAAGAAGAGUAGAGAAAAAUAUCUAAAGACAAGUGGCAGAGAAGUGGUUCUGGAGAGUUCCAUUCUCUCUAACUAAUAGCGUAUACGUAUGAAAGGAGAGGAGUAGCACAAUAAUAAAAACCCUAUUUUAACCACCUCUUCUCUUCUCUUCUCUCUUGAGUUUCUUCUUUGUUCGUCUACGACUCCUAUCUAAACCCUAAUCAUCGUCCCUUGUGUUAGCUUCUUUAAGAACUUGCUUUCCAAGCAAAGCUCUAAAAUACAAGAAAGGAAAAGGUAUGGCGUCGAACAACGGCAACGAUGAUUUGUAUGCUGUUCUUGGUUUGAACAAGGAAUGUACCUCGACCGAACUCCGUACUGCUUAUAAGAAGCUUGCUCUUAGAUGGCAUCCAGAUCGUUGUUCAUCAAUGGGGAAUAUGGAGUUUGUAGAUGAAGCAAAGAAGAAAUUUCAGGCUAUUCAAGAAGCCUACUCUGUUCUUUCUGACUCCAACAAGAGGUUCCUCUAUGAUGUUGGAGCUUAUAACAGUGAUGAUGAUGUUGAGGACCAAAAUGGAAUGGGUGAUUUCUUGAACGAAAUGGCAGCAAUGAUGAAUCAAUCCAAGCCUAAUGAGAAUAGUUCAGGGGACAGUUUUGAACAGCUACAAGAUCUGUUUAAUGAGAUGUUUCAAGGAGACGCCACAGCAUUCCCACCCUCAUCAUCGUCUUUCCCUGCUUCAACUUUCACUUCCUCUUGUGACUUUGUCUUUGAUACAAACUAUCAGCAGUCACCGUUUGGGAUGAGCUCGAUGGGGACUAGUGAUCCUUUCGGAUUUGACUCAAGAUCUCACACCUUCUCUUUAGGGGUGGAACAUCAGCAGGAUUUCAAGAAAGGGAAGAACAAUGGUGGAAGAAGGAACAGACGGAAGAACAGUACUCAGUCUUCUAACAACUAUGGAGUCCCUACUUCAUAGCCCUUCACUUCAGACUAUAUUUUUUAUUUGUCGACUAGUCAGAGGACUACUGGUUAUGGUCUCCUCAACGGCUAUGCAUGAAAAUACUCAAAAAACAUUGUCGUUUGUAAACUACACACCUCGUUUUCUCGAAGCUUCUUUUUUCUUUCUCUCUCUCUCUCUAUCUAUCUAAAUGUUGUCUCCUAAGCAAAGAGUUGUUAAGAUCGAUGAAGUCAACUGCUGCUUUAUGAUGACGACGAAUACACAUCCUGUUGUCUCUUGAUUUUCUCAGCAUUUGAAUAUAAUACAUUUUUGUUUGGUCCA